AUGAAGAACCCUGAAGAUGAGGUUACAGAAAUCGCAAAGCUCGUCACCGAAAACUACCACGACAACUACGUCAAGGAGACGUAUUGCGAUCUGGUCCUGUCUCUGGUGCUCGAGCAGCCUUUCAAGAUUCCCUUCGUCGCCGCUUCCGUCUUGUGCGCCAACAACGANAAGAGCGACGCUGCCGCUGAGGUCCUGUCUCGCACAUCAACUCUGUUGCAGCGUCACCUCGAUGCUGGUGAAUGGCGCAGUGUAAAGCUGUUGCUCCGAUUCCUGGCCUGCCUCCAGCCUCUCUUCAGCGACGAUGGUGUAUUUGCCAUCCUCAACGAGCUCUUCGACCGCGCCGUUGACCUCCAGACUGCCUCGUCCGACGACGCUGUCGGCCUCGAGCUGGUCAAGAUCAUCCUCCUCACCAUUCCCUACGUUCUGGCUGUCCCUGAUACUGGAUUGGAGCAACGCGCAGCUGAGCUGCUGGAGAAGACCGACAUUGUUGCCUCUACGCCGCACGCCCUUGAGGCUCUAGUCGAUCCAUACCCAACUGCUGAAGGAGAGCAGAAGCCUAUGGCCUGCCCCAGUGUGCUCAGCGCAUUGCAGACCCAGCUUCAGAGCGAGGCCGCUUCUGGCUGGAAGCUCGCCUGCAUCCCUCGCCUGACCCGUGUGAUUACUCCGGCCCCCGCUGAGAAUGGCGAGCAGGCUGUACCCAGCAAGCACUCGUUCCCCCAGCUCUCAGUUCCUUCUCCUGUCAACCCUGGCCCUAACGCCCUGUUCCCCGAGAUCUGCUUCUCGCUUUUCGCCGACCAGGACGUAGAGUCUGUUCCUCCUACCUCUAACGUUGCCGCAUCGCUGCUACGAGACGCAGUCACGGAUACUAUUAACAUCCUUGACUUCAACCGAAACGCUGCUGCCAAAUUCCUCAUUGAUGUCGACUGCUACUGGGCCCCUAACACCUUCGUCAAGCGUGCCACCGCUUUCGACAAGCUUAAGGAUAUUCCCGAAGGACGUUCGACCUGGAAGCCUGAAGAUCUGGUCGUUGAUGCUGUCUUCUCUCAGAUCCUGCGUCUUCCUACCUCAGAACACAAGCUUGUCUACUACCACUCUGUUAUCACCGAGGCAUGCAAGAUUGCUCCUGCCGCCGUCGCUCCCAGUCUGGGCAGAGCAAUUCGUUUCCUCUUCCGCAGCCUCGAUAUCAUGGAUCUCGAGCUUCAAUACCGCUACAUGGACUGGUUUGCCCACCACCUGAGCAACUUUGAGUUCCGUUGGAAGUGGACUGAAUGGAUUGACGAACUUGAGCGCUCCGACCUGGAGCCCAGAAAGGCCUUCAUCGUGGGUUCGCUAGAUAAGGAGAUUCGUCUUUCUUUCGCCAAGCGUAUCAGAGAGACACUUCCCGAGGCAUACGCUNNCCCCCUCAUCUCAGAGGGUAAGAUGAAGGAUACUCCUGAUUUCAAGUACCUCAACGAGCAGACCCCUUACUCUCAACAAGGCAAUGCCAUGCAUGCCUUGAUCCGCAAGAAGGCUUCUGAAGAGGAGAUCGAAACUGUCAUUACCGAGAUUCAGACACUGGCCAGCGAACACGGUGUUGAAGACGUCCUUGUGCCUAGCACCGAUGCAUACAUGACCAGCAUUUGCUCAGUCGGCGGUAAGUCGCUUUCUCACGUCUUGUCCUGUAUCGAGCGAUGCAAGGAACGUCUCCUCGCAAUCGGACCUCAGUCUGAGCUUGCACGCCGUCAAAUCAUCACAUCGGUCGUUGACUACUGGGCCGACCACCCUGGUACUGCUGUCAACAUCAUUGACAAGCUUCUCAACUACACCAUCAUCACACCCAUGAGCGUCAUCGAGUGGGCGCUGCACGAUCACUUGCAGCACGGUCGUGCACUUGCACAGACUCACAUUUACGAGAUGAUUUCGGCCACUAUGUUCAAGGUCAGCAACCGCAUGCGCCAGAUUGUGCGCGCUCGCGCCGAGGCCGACCUCUCCGAAGAGCAGAAGAGCUUGCUGGACGAGACUUUGAUCCGCGAGCGCCAGACUAUGCGUGAUCUCUUCAACGCCAUCAUCGAGGCCGUCUCGACUGUUGCCAAUGCAGCUCAAGACGACAUGAUCGAACGCUUCGACGGUGACAGUGCCGAACAGACUCUACUGCAGCAGUGGGGUGCUCGCUGGGCUCGUGUCUGGAGACGCAAGAUGGCUGUCGAGGAGGCUAUUGUCAGCGAGGCCGCCAUCGAGGCUGCUGAUGUCGCCAGAGAGGCCGAGAGAGUCAAGGCAGAGGCACAAGCUGCAGAGGCCGCUGCUGCUGCCCAGCAGGCCGCCGAUGCCACCAUGGAGCAGGAAGACCACGACGUCGCAUAA